AUGGGCUGGCUCCGAGACCUCAGCGACGCCCACACGCGCCUGAAGAAGCGGAUCCAUGGCACGCGGAUUCCGCUCUCGCCCGCGGGCAUCCGCGUCAUGAAGGUCGUCUACUUCACGACGCCCAUUAUCGGCGGCUACUUUGUCAUGCAGUGGGCGCAGGCGCGGUCGGCCGCGAACCUCCGUGAUCUCCACGCGCCGCCACCGACGCAGAACCCCACCUCGUACCAGAACGACAGCUUGAAGGGGCUUCUCAAAGACAUUGAGACGACCAAAUCGCAGCAUGGAGGCGCGCGUGACGGGCUCAUCGAGAAGCUGCGGCAGCUCUUCGAGGUCAAGUCUGGGUACCGCGAUGGCGCGUCGCAGGCCAAGCUUCUCGAGAAACACUUUCGCUUCUUUGACAGCAAUGCGUCCGGCACGAUUGACUUUCACGAGUUUAUGGCCGCGAUGCUGCGGCUUAACUUUGUCGGCGUCCAGGCCGAACUCGAGGACCUCUUUGACCGCUUUGACCAAGACCUCGACGGGACGCUCUCGUAUACGGAGUUUGCAGCUGUGAUUUUCAACCUCCGCGGGGCCGCGGCGCCGCAAGUGCUAUCGGCUGUCGACCGGGUCAAGGCGUUGAUUUUGGACCGUGGCGGCCGGAACGGCAUUCGCACGCUCCUCGUGAUCCUGCGGCGCAUGGACGCCAAUGGAGACAACACGAUCGACAAGGAGGAAUUCCACAACGGGCUCCUCGACCUCGGUGCCCACCCCGCCGAUGUCGACGGCGACGAGCUCAACAUGAUCUUUCGGUACUUUGACCGAGAUGGGAACGGCCGCAUCACGUUGGAAGAGCUCCUUCGUGGUCUUCGAGGGCGAAUGGCCAAGCGCCGCAUCUUGCUCGUCCGCAUGGCCUUCAAUGUCCUCGACGCGUCCAAGGAUGGACUGGUGUCGAUCGACGAGCUCGCGUCGCGCUUUGAUACGUCGCACCACCCGGACGUGCUCUCUGGUCGGCUCACGCCACGCGAGGCCCUGCACCAGUUUCUCUCUAUAUUUGACGCGACCAGCUGCAUCGACUGGCACCACUUUCUCGGGUAUUACAAGGACAUGAGCGCCGGCAUCGCCAACGACGACGAGUUCGAGCUCAUCGUGCGCAACGCGUGGCAUCUCUCGGGCGGCGACGGCUGGUGCGAAAACACCACGUGUCGUCGCGUGCUCGUGACGCAUUCGGACGGUCGCCAAGAGGUCUGCGAGAUCCAAAACGACCUCGGCAUUGGGCCCAACGAUCGCACCCAGAUGAUCCGGCAACUGCUUCUCCAAGGCGUUCGCGACAUUGUCAACGUCUCCACGUGUGCUUGA